AGAGAGAGAGAGAGAGAGAGAGGGAGAGAAGAGAGAGAGAGAGAGAGAGAAAGUGGGGUAUCGAGCAGUGAUCCAUGGAGCUUAUCAUCGCGCUGCUGUUCCCUACGUCUUCUCGUCCACGAUGCACUUCGGGAUCGCAGUAAGAUGCGUGUGUGUCUCCAGAUAGUAACUUUCCUCUUCGCCCUCAACUUGUGCUGCCCGCCGCUCCGCGCUCAGGAUCCCGCCUGUUGCCACCAUGCUGCCGAGUUCUCGUCCUGUAAAGAAGCCUGUGACCAGCUCGCCACCAUAAAGAGUGAGUCUCGCCUGAAGCAUCUCCUCCAGAGGUUACCCAGUUACUGUCCGGAGUCUAUGAAUGAACUGUGGAUGUGCAUCAACUCUACUCUUCCAGGAGUAUCCAGGAAAUCCGAUGGCUGGGUGGGUCUGGGCUGCUGUGAGCUGGCCAUCUCAUCGGAGUGUCGCAGGGAAUGCCGACAGGCGUCCUCUAAAAACGACAUAACUAAAGUAUGCAAAAAAGUCACAGAGAAUUCCCUCUACAGCUGCAUCACCAAAAAUGAAAUGGGCUCCACCUGCUGCGGCUACGCGGGGCGUCACACCACCUGCAGGGAGUACUGCCAGGCCAUCUUCAGGACCGACUCCACGCCCACCGUGUCCCAGAUCACCGCCGUCAAAGAGUACUGCCAGAGUCACAGCGCUCAGCUGCUCAGCUGCGUCAGCAACUUCACCAAGUCCUACCCCAUACGCAGCCCCAUCGACAGUCUGUACUGCUGUGACCGGGCGGAGGCCACCCACUGCCAGGUGGCUUGCCGGAGGAUCCUUCGCACCAUGAGCACAGAGCACGAGAUCAUGGAGGGCCUGAUCGACGAGUGCCGCUCCCAGCCGCUCCCUCAGGAGCCCAUGUGGCAGUGCUUUCUGGGCAGCGCCCACCCCCCCUCCCCGCCCGAAGAGGAGACCCCGCAUCCCGCCAAGAUGGACUGUGCCAAGCUGCACUGCUGCGCCAAGGCCAACACCUCGCUCUGCAGGGACAUGUGCCAGGAGAUCAGCACCAACUGGGGCAGCCAGACGUGGCAGGACUUCGACCAGCUCUGCGAGUACAACCCGGUGGAGGCGGAGCUCAUCAACUGCCUGGCUGACGUCCGAGAACCCUGCCAGCUUGGCUGCAAGGACCUGGCCUACUGCACCAACUUCAACAACAGGCCGACGGAGCUGUUCCGCAGCUGCAAUGUCCAGUCGGACCAGGGCGCCAUGAACGACAUCAAACUGUGGUCCAACGGCACCAUCAAGAUGCCGUUCAUGAACAUCCCCGUGCUGGACAUCAGGAAGUGUCUGCCGGACAUGUGGAAGGCGGUGGCCUGCUCCCUGCAGAUCAAACCCUGCCACAGCAAGUUCAGAGGCAGCGUCAUAUGCAAGUCAGACUGCGUGGACAUCCUGACCCAGUGCGGAGACAGGAAGCGUUUCCACGAGGGACAAACUCCAGAGAGGAUCUGUGAACUGCUGUCGCCCAUCGACGACCCCGAACGCUGCAUCCCGCUCCACAGAUACCUCACCCCCAGUGCCCUUGGCAACAACGUCGUCGAGGAGGUCAUCCAUCCAUGCAACCCCAACCCCUGCCCCAGCAACCACUUGUGCCAGGUCAACAGGAAGGGCUGCCUCGAUGAACUCAACUGUCAGCCAUACCUCUGCGUGCCAGGCUGCAAACUGGGCGAGGCCUCGGAGUUCCUGGUGCAACAGGACGCUCGUAUCCAGGUGCCGACCCGCGCCGGUCCCGCCGGGUGCUACGAAGUGUGCAGCUGCGGCCCCAGCGGGCGUCUGGAGAACUGCGUGGAGACGCCCUGUGUGGACAUCAACAAGCCCUGCGUCGUGGGAGGACAGCGGAAGAACCACGGCACGUCGUUCAGGAUUGACUGCCACACGUGUUCCUGCUUCGCCGGCAACACCAUCUGCUCCACCAGAGAAUGUCUCGGCCUCGGUAACUCGGACGAGGAGCGGCGACACUUCACCGGUCUUCCCUGUAGUUGUCCGGACCGCUUCAUCCCGGUGUGCGCCUCUAACGGACGAACCUAUCCCAGUGCCUGUGUUGCUCGCUGCAUGGGAUUCAAGGACCACCAGUUUGUCUUUGGCCAGUGCCACCUUAGCAACCCCUGCGCCAACAAACCCUGCCAGAGAAAUCAGAGGUGCAUCCCCAAGUAUCGCGUGUGCCUGAGCGAUUCGUCAAACUGCCUCCAGCACGAGUGUGUCGGCCGGCCGGCGGCGUGCGACAAGAACAGCGUGGAACCCGCCUGUGACACCGACGGCCUGCUCCACCCGAGUCCGUGCCAGCUGCAGCAGGCGGGGAAAACUCUGGCUUACAUGGGCCACUGCCAGGACACCUGCAGGAAGCCUAAGCAAGUGUGCGGCCACAACGGCGAGACGUACAACACAGUGUGUGACGCCUUCUCCGACAGGGUGGCCGUGGACUACGAGGGCUCUUGCCACGCCGUGGGGGCCGUGUCCGACGUGGCCUCCGACUCGGCGUGCAGUUUGAUCCCCUGUCCACCUCUGUCCACCCCGGGCUGCCGCCCCGUCACACCGCCUGGAGCAUGCUGUCCAAUCUGCGCCAGCAUGCUGCAGAUCCUCUGGAACAAAGAGGAGAUGAACACUUUCUCUAAGCUGAACAAGAACCAGCCGGUGACGGUCCACGACGUCCUGCGGAUCCUGCGGCUCCACGUCUCGGUGCCGCAGUGUGACGUCUUCGGCUACCUGAGCAUCGACCACGAGCUGGUGGUCCUCAUCGCCCCGGUGGACCAGCAGCCGACGCCACUGCAGAUUGAAGCCUGCAGCAAGGAGGCGGAGAAGAUCGACUCCCUCAUCAACUACGCCAGCCCCACGCUGGUCUCCCAGGUCCCCCUCUCGGCCUUCCUCAACUCCGAGAUCAAGACCUCCUCCAUCCACUCCUCCGCCGGUGCUCCGACUUCACCUCUGGCCCCCGGCUUGUGCCUCCUCCUCGGCCUCCUUGUCGCUGCAGCCCCUGGCCUCCGCCGGCACUAAGUGCUCCUUAUCCCCCCUCCAGCCUCCCCACCAACUGUUGAGUUUUCCAAAGUCCAAACUUCCCGGGAUGACAGGGGUGUCGUGAGGUGAGGGUGUUCGGACAGAGCGGGAAGAGGCGGCGUCUUUCGACAAUCAUUCCAAUUAACUCACCGGCGUGUCAAACAAUCAAGGCGGUGGAAAAGCUAUUAUUAUGGAAAGCUUUCGUAUGAACAGUAUUAUAUUCAGCGGAUGAGUUACUCACGGGGUUUCCCUCCAGUGAAGUGUGCUUUAGUGUGCGUGUGUGUGAAUGUGUGUUGGCGUGUGUGUGUGUGUGCGCGUGUGUGUGACCUUUAAGAAGCGUUUGACUUUAUACCAGCAGUGUUUAUCCAUUAGUCCCAGCAGCAAGCUCUCCUCUGGAAACUGCUAAGUGGGAAUGUAAAUUUCAUGACUCACUCUGUCUGAAGGUGCGUGCGUGCGUGCGUGCGUGCGUGCGUGCGUGCGUGCGUGUGUGUGUGUACACAAAACAUCCCUGUCUGGCAGCACAUCUAUCAGACAAAUUAUCCCAAAUCCCCUUGGCUACACACACACACACACACACACACACUUUCACUCACGCUCAGACAAAAUGAUGGGUGUUUUCUAAAUCCAGACUUGGAUUAAAUGGAGUCCGGUCAGUGAAUGCACCGUCUGCAUCGCAGUGCAUCAUGUGCGUACAUGCGAGGUGUACGUGGACCUACAGUGUUUGAACCUCUGACCUCAACAGUGUUAGUGCCAUGCUCAUGGACUGAGCCAGCUCAGAUAAAACUCGUCAAAGUCAGUUUACAGAACAGAGUGACCCCCCCUCAAACGGCAAAGAGUUUUGCUUAAAAAACUAAGGAUCAGUGUCUAAAUGAAACUUGACAUAGCCUUUGUCAUUAGGUUCAGAUUUAACAAUGCUCCAAAGACAUUUAACACACGUUCACAGUCUGCCGGUGAUUAGCGACCGAUCUUCUGAUGGCAAAAAAUGGAGGAUUGCACUUUUAACGGACUAGAGCGUGUCCGAGUGGUGGGAUGGUCCCUUUUUUUCAAAAUCUGUGUCAUUCACUCUAAUUAGAAUGUGGAAACACUGAACUGGAGAAUCUUAUGAGCACCACUUCUGAUAAAGUGCAGUCAGGACCGACAGCAGGCCAAACGGCACUAUUACCGUAUAUCGCCUGGAUCAGAUCAUCGCUCCCGUUGUGUGCGGCCAGUAGCUAUGAGCAGUAUUAAAAGGGAUGUUUUCCUCUCUGUACAUAUGAACCAGAAGCCAUUUUAUAACAAAAGGACAAUCAGAUAGUCACUACCCACAAUUCCCCCUUUUUGGGUAGAGAAGAUUUUUUCCACAAUAUGCCUUGAUGCAUAAAGUGUCUUAUAUGAAGUAAAAAAAAAAAAAAAAAUGCAAUAACUUUAUAUUUGUUAAGAAAUGUCUCUAUAUUUGAUAAUGGGUUGAGAUAAUAAUAAUAAUCUAUGUGCCAUGUUUUUUUUGUAAACAAAUAGUUGCGAUUCUUUUUUUAUCUUUUUUUGCAUGAUGACAAUUAUGAAGUGUUUUACUCCAGAAUGUACUACAGUGUGUGUGUGUGUGUGUGUGUGUGUGUGUGUGUGUGUGUGUGUGUGUGUGUGUGUGUGUGUGUGUGUGUGUGUGUGUGUGUGUGUGUGUGUGUGUGUGUGUGUGUGUGUGUGUGUGUGUGUGUGUGUGUGUGUGUGUGUGUGUGUGUGUGUGUGUGUGUGUGUGUGUGUCGUCCCGUGUCUGUGUGUUUGUCUAUAUCUGCCUGUAAAGCACAAUGUGUCCCAUUGUCUAAACAGUAUUACCGUGCUGGGCAGCUCUAUAGCAGGGAACUCUUAAAAUGGCUCCUAUACUUUGUAUUAUGAUAAUUAUUAUUAUUAUUAAUUGUUCUCAUUAUGUUUAUGGACCUUGGAGCCAACAAGGAUUUGCUUACUGUGUUUAUGUGUCUGAUUUUGAUUUUCAUGUCAUAUUGGUGGAAAUGCUAGGGUUGAAAUAAGUGUUCACGCGUUCAAAGUGCAGAUAUUUUUCCAAUUCUGAUCAAUUAUUUCUCAGCCGACAGAACAGUCGGCAUUUUUGGGGAAGUAGAUUUACUUUCUUUCUUGGACUGCGAUGAAAAGAGUGUAUUGUAUUAAAAAGUAUUUCAGUCAUUUGUCCGCGAUAUCUUGACAAAUGUAUUCAUCCGCUAACGAUUGAAUCAAUCAUUCAAUCCUUUCACAUAAAAAGCAUUUCAAAUUGGAGGUAGAUUUAGAUGCAUGUAGUCUUUUUUUUAAAUUUUAUUUUGGAUACACAUCUGUAAGUACCGCUGUUACGUUAUGAUAUUUCUAAUAUGCAAAUAAUGCUACAUUACAUUGCAAAUAGUGGAUUGUCACCUAUGAGUCAGUGAUCAACAAAGAGGGGAUGCUGCAAUGUCUUCAUAUCUUACUCUCAGAAAGAAAGCAAGUCCAAUUUCCCAAAAUGUUAAAGUAACUAAGUAUUUUAUAGCAUCGAGCUGAUUCCUCCUGUCUUCUCCAUAUGAUGCAAUGGAGUAAAUUUGAAGCAGUCGACUGUCCUGAGCAGGAGACUCCUCCCAGGAACGUCGUCACUUCGUGCCGUGUUUUAAUCAAAUCAUGUUUGAUUAUGUCUCUGAUUAUGUCGGUUUGUAUGAAUCAUUGAGUUCCGUUCAUCACUGUGUUCGACUCUGUAAAAGUGCCAUGAAUAAAAUAAAAAAAUGAAGAAUUUGAAAAAGAA